UGACGGCUCAUGUCAAGAACGCUUCACUAACGCUGUGUAGUGUGUAGUGUGUGUUCGAUUGACUAAGCUUUUGUACUCGUUUCCUUUAUUUGGUUUAAUUAUAAUAACUUUAAAAAUGUUCCAUAUUUGUGCUAAAAAUUCUUAUUUAAAAAGUAUGACUUCUGCGAAUCAGGGUUUGAAAUCAUCUGAAACCCAAAUAUCCUAAACGUAACAUUCAAUAUUGCAAUUUAUUAUCUUUUCAAGUGUCCCCAAUAUGUUUCUAUCCAACACUGAUAAGUGAGUCUGCCUUAUCAUUUCUGCUCAAGAUAAUAUUUUUUCAGUCUUAUUCACACCAAGUCAACAGGUGUCUUGAAUAUUUAAUUUUUUUUGGCUAAUUAUUUGUUAUUUGCUCUAUUAUUUUGUGAAAGAAGUUACAUACAAAAAGUAAAAAUGGCAUCCAGUGAUGCUGAGAUUAAGGAUGGAUUCAACCUGCCUGCCUGGAUGAAGAUGAAACCUACUAGAGAUUUCGAGCCUUUCGCCGCCUCUCCCCCCGGGCAGGAUGACGCAUUCUUCAUCCGAUACCCCAACACGAAAGCUAUGUUCGGAGCCAACCUAGAGCGGGACGUCGCGAAAAUCGUCAAAGAACCAACGGGGAUUAAGGAAAAGGAUUGGUCGAAGCACACUAAGCCGUGCCAAGACGUGCUCCACGGCAUCGCGCCAAUCAACACAGCUGCGAACCCGAUAUCGCCGAAGGUGUUGGGCACCGAUGAAGAGUUCAAGGGCGAGGGCGCCGCGUGCGGCAACUCCGUUGUCAAGGUCGCCCACCUGAUGAUCUCGUCGACGCGUUCCUCGCGCGGCUUCACGGUGGCGUCGCCGGCGGGGGAGGCGGGGGAGGCGGAGGAGGCAGCCUCUGCACCGGACGCGGCGCGCUACAACCUGGCGGCGCGGCGCGGCAGUCGGAGCCUGCCCGCCACCCCCGCCCACUCGCCGCCCGGCAGCCCCAACUCCCGGCGCAAGAACAGGGGCAACCGCUACUUCACUUCACCGUUCGAGCCAGCGGACGACGCGAGCCACCGCUCCUGGCUCACCAUGGCGCUGCUGGGCUUCAAGAAAGAUCUGACCACUUCCACAUCCACACUCGCCGAGGAGGACGCAGUCGAAGCCAGAUUACACGGUUCCCUCGCAGAAUCAGUGGAGAGCCUCGGUCCAGCGCCCCGCAACAUGGCCGCCCCGGCCUCCGCUGCCGCGGCCUCCGUUACCGCGGUCUCGCUCGCCUCCGCCUCCUCCUCCUCCGCUGCCGCGGUCUCGCUCGCCUCCGCCUCCGCCCCCGGCAAGCCCGCACCCUCCUUCCGCCCCCGCCCCUCCGAACUACGGGAGAUGAACUUCUGGUCGCCUACGUCUAUGUAAGGCUCCAACUUGAGGAGUACCUCGUCAAUCUUAUUUCCUCAUAAAUCGAUUUGUGAGCUUAAAAAAUAGGGGAUUAAAAUACCUCAUUGUGGACGUAAUGUCGAAUUUAAAAGAAGCAUUAUGAGGAUAUAAGAAUUCGUAACUUCCUCCUCCUCCUUGCUUAGGCCCCGCUACGCUGUAUUUAAAAACCUAUUUACAUAAACAUGACUCGCUGCAUUUACUUGCAGUAAAGAAGUUUACAGGUCGAGUAAUCAAUACCUGUGUUUGUUAUAUAAUCAAUUAGUCCAAUGAUAAUCACACAAUUAGAUUUGUCUGAAAAGUACAUCGCCGUUUAGAUCUUUCCAUUUCCAUUCUAGUAGUUUUCCUUGUAUGAAGGUCAUUCAAUCUAAAGUAAACACGUUAUUUAA